CUUUCUUUGGAAAGUACCUUAAUGAAUACAAUGGCUCCUAUGUGCCUCCUGGUUGGAAAGAAUGGGUUGGAUUACUUAAAAACUCUCGAUUUUACAACUACACACUCUGUAGAAAUGGAGUGAAGGAGAAGCAUGGAUAUGACUACUCCAGGGAUUAUCUAACUGAUCUGAUUACCAAUGACAGUAUUACCUUCUUCAGAAUCUCAAAGAAGAUGUAUCCUCACAGGCCUGUACUGAUGGUUAUAAGCCAUGCUGCUCCUCACGGCCCUGAAGAUUCAGCCCCUCAGUAUUCACAUCUCUUUCCUAAUGCAUCACAACACAUCACUCCCAGUUAUAACUAUGCUCCAAACCCAGACAAGCACUGGAUAAUGAGGUAUACAGGUCCCAUGAAACCUAUACACAUGGAGUUCACUAACAUGCUACAGAGAAAGCGCCUUCAAACACUCAUGUCUGUGGACGCCUCUAUGGAGAUGAUUUACAACAUGUUGGUUGAAACAGGUGAACUGGAAAAUACAUAUAUAAUAUACACAGCAGACCAUGGUUAUCAUAUUGGGCAGUUUGGGCUGGUGAAAGGAAAGUCCAUGCCGUAUGAGUUUGAUAUCAGAGUUCCUUUCUAUGUCCGAGGUCCAAAUGUGGAGGCUGGGUCCUUGAAUCCUCACAUUGUGUUGAAUAUUGAUCUCGCACCUACAAUUCUAGAUAUUGCUGGGUUGGAUAUUCCAUCUGAUAUGGAUGGUAAAUCCAUUCUAAAGCUUAUGGAUUCUGAGAGACCAGUGAAUAGGUUCCAUUUAAAGAAAAAGAUGAAGGUGUGGAGAGACUCGUUCCUCGUGGAAAGAGGUAAACUGCUGCAUAAGAGGGAGAAUGAAAAGGUAGAUGCCCAAGAAGAAAACUUUCUACCCAAGUACCAGCGUGUGAAAGACCUCUGUCAGCGAGCUGAGUAUCAAACAGCUUGUGAACAGCUUGGCCAGAAAUGGCAGUGUGUGGAAGAUGCCAGUGGAAAGCUCAAGCUACACAAGUGCAAGGGAAUGGCGAACUUGGCAGCUGCAGGCAACGGCAAAGGCACCUCCAAUAUUUUGCCCAAGUAUUACAACAGGAAUAGUGAAGACUGCAAUUGUGAAGAGAACGAAUACAAGCUGAGCCAUGUCGGACGGAGAAAGAAACUCUUCAAGAAAAAGUACAAACCAAGCUACGUGCGGAAUCGCUCGAUCCGUUCCGUGUCUGUUGAGCUGGAUGGAGCCGUUUAUAACUUGGGCUUAGAGGAUGGGUACCAGCCUGUCUUACCAAGAAACAUCACCAAGCGGCACAAGGUGCAGAGGGCUGUUCUUCGUGAGGAGGAAGAUAAAGACAUGGGGGAAUACAGCGGCACUGGUGGCAUUGCAGAGUACACAGCCCCUAACCUAAUCAAAGUGACUCACAGGUGCUACAUCCUGGAGAAUGAUACCGUUCAGUGUGACACGGAUCUGUACAGGUCACUGCAAGCUUGGAAGGACCAUAAACUCCAUAUCGACCACGAGAUAGAAACUUUGCAAAAUAAAAUAAAAAACCUGAGGGAGGUGAGAGGUCAUCUGAAGAAGAAGCGACCUGAAGAGUGUGAUUGUAACAAGAUAAGUUACCAUUCGAAACACAAAAGCAAACUGAGGCACAAGGGAUCUAGUCUUCAUCCUUUCAGGAAAGCCCUACAGGAGAAGGACAGGCUGUGGCUGCUUCGAGAGCAACGACGAAAGAAGAAACUGCGCAAACUCCUGAAGAGAAUAAAAAAUAACGACACGUGCAGCAUGCCUGGUCUGACCUGCUUCACCCACGACAACCAGCACUGGCAAACUGCUCCCCUCUGGACACUGGGCCCUUUCUGUGCCUGUACCAGUGCCAACAACAACACGUACUGGUGUUUGAGGACAAUCAACGAGACCCACAACUUCCUGUUUUGUGAAUUUGCUACUGGAUUUUUGGAGUAUUUUGAUCUCAAUACCGAUCCGUAUCAGCUCAUUAACGCGGUGAAUACGCUCGAUAGAGACGUUCUCAAUCAACUGCACGUCCAGCUCAUGGAGCUGAGAAGCUGCAAAGGGUACAAACAGUGCAAUCCAAGAACCAGGAACAUGGACCUGGGGCUUAAGGACGGGAGCUACGAGCAGUACAGGCAGUUUCAGCGUCGAAAGUGGCCAGAUGUGAAGAGACCAUCAUCUGCCAAGUCACUAGGACAACUGUGGGAAGGCUGGGAGGGGUAACCUCCCCCAACCGCUGCACCUCCCCGAGGACACAGACUGGCCAGAACUUGAAUCCAUGUACAGAUAAAUGAGAACGUGUCUGACGUCAGAAAGAAUUACAGUGUUAGCCUGGAGGACUGGAUAAACUUUGAGGCUGAAAUAGAUGAUAGAGUGUUUGCACUGGUGAGUGAAUGAAAUAGAUGCAGGGAAAU